ACUCAAGUGAACUCAAUUCUGAACUUUCCCCUAAGCUUCAAGCUUUCAAACCACGCGGAUCUUCACAGCUCACAAGCAUCUGUACACUAAGUUCUCUUUCAAUAAACUGCCUUGUAUCUAUCCUCCGGCCUACUUACAGCUCAUAGAUCUCUGACUCUUUCUAUUUCCUCGUAACAAUAUAAACCCUCCUCAGUCCUCCCAUCUCAGAGCUCAUACAGCCUUACUUCUCCAUCUUUUACAGUGCCCAAAUAGACCUCACGUUGUACUAAAACCAUUUCAGCUUUACACUACGAGAAGGAAGAAUAGAUAUCCCAUUAUCUCCAACCAUCUUAACUGGAUCAUGGGUAAAUUUUUUUUCGCUUUCUUGAUCCUGUCUGGGAUUUUCAUGGUACAAUCUAUGGCUGAUAGAUCAGAGCUGAAGGUCCAAGAACUGGUCCAUUUGUCAGCAAAAAUGGAGAGAAGCAUAGCUGAAGCUCCUGAUCAAGUUGUAGUUAGAAAGAUGUCUAAGCAUCAUUCAACUGAUAAGUCUGUUGCUGGUGGUGGUGUCAUUAUCGGUGGACUUGUGGCUGCUGUUUUUGCUGCUGUUUAUUGCUACAUUCGGGUCACCAGAAAGGAAUCAUCUUCAGAUGGUGAAAAACAUUAAGCAAUAACUUAGUAAUUUUCACUUCAACUUUUGGAGUUUCAGAGUUAUAUAUAUUACGCAUGAAUGUGUAUUCUCAUUACUCCAUAAUUUUACUAGCCAGAGAACAGAGAGUAGGUGUGAAUAUUAGAGACCAGAAGAAUGAUACACAGACAUUUUAUAGUGCUAUUUUGGUGAGGGAUUUGAUUUAUUUUUUCAUACUUUUGAUGAUGGGCUUUCAAUUUGGUUAUGUACAAAUUUAGGAUAUUGGAAGUGCAAUUAUCAAUAAUAAUAGAUUCUUAGUUGUUAAUUCUGCACAACAAAUAUAAAAGCUUUCUAGCUUAAUAUUCUCUUUUAUCAUUGCUCUUUGUUUAUUUACCUGCGUGGUUUAGAAAUGGUUGUAUUUACAUGUGUUUCGAUUUUCAA